AGCUGCAAUGUUCCCUCACUCAUAGUCACCUAAGUUUGACACCAUGAAGGUAGUAUUGCUGUGUGCUUGUGUGGUGGGGCUGGUGGGCCAGGCCUUGGCGGCCAGGUACCACGAGCGCGUCGGCAUUCCGAUGGCGAGGAAGAUCAGGCUCCAAGAGUCCAUGCGCAUCGCGGGCGGCCUUGCUUCUUAUAGCGGGGAACAUCCAUACUAUGCUGGGCUGAUCAUCACGUUGAAGACCGACAUAACCUCCAUCUGCGGAGGCACCCUGCUGAGCCACUACCACGUGCUGACCAUCGGCCAGUGCUGGUACGAUGGGGAGAACGAAGGCAAGUCCAUCCAGGUGGUGCUAGGCACAGCGACCCUCUUCACCGGAGGCACCAGGACGUACGCCGACACCGUGACCCUGCACUCCGACUAUGACCCCGACACCCUCGCCAACGACAUCGGCAUCAUAAAGAUGCAGAAUUAUGUCUACUUCGACAAAUAUGUAGACUCAAUAAUUCUGCCCGAGGCAUAUUUCAGCUCUCUCGCUGGCUACAAGGCUGAAAUUAUUGGAUAUGGACGAACGUCACCUGAUGCACCACUAGACGAAAACUCCACCUUGAACGAUGUGUACGUGAGGGUGAUGAACAACACGGACUGUGCCCAGAUAUACGGAGACAGUCUGAUAACCAGAGACGUCAUGUGCACCAGCGGAGCCAACGGGAAGGGAGCCUGCGGCGGCGACUACGGCGGCCCACUCGUACUGCGCCGGUUCAGCAACGACGAAGACAUGCUGGUGGGCCUGGUGUCGUUCACGGCCGCGGCCGGCUGCAACGCUGGCUUCCCCACCGGGUACACUCGGAUCACCUCACAUCUGCGCUGGAUCAAAAAGUUCUUGUAACUCACCAAACAUCAGUUCUGACAACAGCUUUUUAUACUAACUUAUGUUACAUACUUGAAUAUGUAUUAAAUUCAUUUUUUAUUUAGCAGUUUGAGUAAUAAAACCACAUUGAGAACAUUAUUGCUUAUUGCUUAUUUAUAAAAAUAGAACUAUCGUUAUUAUUCGCCAAACACAUUGGUUUACCCGACGAGUCGCGACACACGUUCGUAACUGUCUAGUGUAUACUGGUUUUAUAUCUGUUUAUUCAGUAAAUUGUUUUCUUUGUUUAUUGUAUAUAUAUCAAUAAACAUCCAAUUCUUGGCA